AUGGAAUUAGAUGAUCCAUUCUUCGAUGGCGAUGGAGAAUUCAAGUCUAUUUUGCGCGAUAUCAGCUCCGCAGCUGAUUUUACUCGGGGGUUUUGGGGUAUCGAAGAUGAAGACAAAACGCUGUUAAGAGUGUUCUUGAAUUGGGGACCAGCUCGCGAAGAGAAAGAUAAGUAUGUGUCUCUCAAGUUCCUCUCCCCACACUCGCUUAUUGCAUGCAGUGAUUCAAUUAGCAAGAGCUUCAACAAUUUAAAAGAUGUCGAGUCUGUUGACAUUUAUCAUGUCAAUUUCCUGCCGUCUCACCCUACAAAGCCUCUCGAUCCAGAAAUCUCUGGAAAUACGAUGGUUGAAACCAUCUACUUCGACAAAGAAUUCCCGCAUGCGGAUGGCUGGGUUAGCAACUUCAACCAAAAAGUCCAUAACAUUCUCAGUCUUAGGGGUAAUCAAUUCAAAGCAGCGAGUGGUGGAUGGGCACGCCAAAAGGCUGUAGCUCCCGGCACUAUGGACGAAUGUUCAGUUUGGUUCGCGAUUGUCGGAUGGCCUUCAAUGCAAGCUCAUAUAGAGUGGAGAGACUCACCUGAGCACCGCGAAAAUACCAAGCUGUUGGAGCAGUAUAAAGAUUGGUGGAAAGGCCUUGUCAGAGUUCAUUCGAGUAUGCAUGAGAUCCACAGAUGCAUCAGCAAGGAAACACUAUAG